AUGGGUUCUACUUUCUCCCCCCGGGUUGAUCCAGAAGGCGGGAUAUCAUAUGAGCCCUUGGAGACACGCUACGUUCGAAUGAUCCUCGAAGCCGACAAGGCACCAUGGCAAUAUAAUCUGCUGGCAAGUGGAGCUCAUUGGGUUUUACUUGCAGGUUAUCUUGUAAUUCCUGGCACGUUCACAUCUCUUCAAAAAUCAGACACCCUCCACAAUACAUUGUCAGAUAACGAAGCGGGAGAAAUUAUCCUCAAGAGCAUCCAAAAUCCCCCACUACUUGCGCUGGCGAGUGUUUUCUUUGUCGUGGGAUUGGCACUCCUGGGUCGGCUUUACUAUGAGUAUAGGAGCAACUAUAUAUGGCUCAUCAAUCGUAUAUUCAUGUAUGUAACGAAUGUCCUCUCCGCCCUGCCUUCUGUGCCAACUCUUCUCAAUUCAUCCGCUGGUCUUCUAACCACCAUGGUCAGCCUUUACACUGGGCAUGGAGGUGACUGGUCAAUUAUGGCUCUUCUGACGGUGAUUGUGUCCAGUCUUUCCGUUGCAUCUUCAUUUUUUUUAUUGAUAGUGUACAAGCUUGUCAAGCUUGAAGAGGUAAAGCGAGAGCACGAUGAAAUUCAUAGUGCACGUCAUCAUUUCCUUCAUUCUUAG